AUGGCACCCAGGCCAGAACCUCUGACUGUGGUCGGGGCCGGAGCGCUGGAGUGCCCGGGACACGGGUGCCGAUGCUCCCGCCCGCCUUUCGAGUCGGGUCUGACCGUUAACUGCAGCAACCUGAACUCGGAACGCGUACAACACGAUGUCGUGCGCCUUCUGCCCAGGAACACCAAGAUAUUGUUUCUGGAGCGAGACAAGCUGGAGAGACUUCCCGGUCCCAUCGGGUCCCAGCUGGCGUUACACGCUCUGAAGCUGGGUGGUAACCAGAUCGAGUACAUCUCACGUGGAGCCUUCCGGUCUCAGCAGGCACUGGUGUCACUUGACCUGUCAAACAACAACUUGAGAACUCUACCGGAUAUGGCGUUCCAGGGCCUUGCUUCUGUUUACGACAUUGCUUUAGAUCGUAACCGUUUCCAGUACAUCCCUAUCAACAGUCUGACGUAUCUGACAUCUAUGAGACGCCUGGAUCUGGACUACAACCGCAUCUCCAGCGUUCACAACAACCUGUCCAAACUCAAAACUAUCAACUUUCUGUAA